AAAUAUUUUAACCCGAUUGAUAACAAAUGUGAAACUUAUUUCGAAUGUGAACAGGUAGAUUUCGAAUCAGGAGACUUAAAAAGUUUCUUUGUUGUAUCUCGAUUCCUACCGGAGCAAGGAUUGUUAUUCUAAUAGAAACUUUCUUAUUUAUGUUCCAAAUAUUUUGGAUUAACAUAAGACUUUUUGGCUCAAGGACUAUAGAAGAAGGUAAUCAUCCCGAAGGAGGCCCAUUCAGAGAUAGAGUUGUAAACUGUGAUUACGACAUGUUCGGACUCGGUUACGAUGUACUCUGUAACUUACAUAACGGCAAAAUAAACUCCUUCUCGCUUGUAUUCGUGUUUGCCCAGCUCUUAUUCCAUGCUGGAUGUUCAAUUCUGGGGAUCUUCACUUGGGCUAAGAAGUUCAACUUAAGAGUCUUUGAAAAGUUCUUCUACGUUUAUUUUAUCUUACUAAUGUUUAGCUUUAUAAACAUAGUUGUGUUCAGCUUGAUAGUUCUUAACGAGUGGUAUUAUAUUCUGUUCAGGAUUGGUAUUAAGGCAGUUCAAGUAUUUUAUUUGAUAAGCGUGAUCUUUUCGUACCUCAUGAUCGUUGAUAAGGAGUACAGGGAGAUGAGGAAGUUUGGAAUUAAGGCGAGGAAAGAGUCAUUAGGGUAUUGACAGUUCAAUGAUACUAGUAAUUCUAUUCAGUUAUAAGGAGUCAGGAUUUAUUAGGAUUUUUA